GACCUCAGGGACAAUUUCUGAACAGUCACGAGAGCGGAGGAACGAACCUAGGGCUUUAUUUAAAACACAACAACUGUUUCAUUCUUCUUCUUUCUCCGCAACUCCCCAUGGCCUCCUUCCAUCAUCCACCAAUAAGAGAGGAGCAACCUUCACCGUCGAUGAUUCGACGGAGAGAAGAACUCCCUCCGACUGUAACAACAGAAACCACGAUCGUGGGGCCAUCAAAGCCUCCUCAGUUCCUGAAAUCCAUCGUCGACUUAACCGCGUUUGCAGCCGCAGUCGACGCCUUCAAACGCCGCUACGACGAACUGCAGAGCCACGUGGAUCUCAUCGAGACCGCGAUCGACUCCGAACUCAAAACCAACGGCCUCAUCAAAAUCGAAAUCGAAACCGCCGCCGCCUCGCCGUCUCAGUUAUCUCCUCCGCGGAGCAACGACUCCGCCGCGAUCGUGUGCCAAUCGCCGCCGAAAGAGGUGGCGGUUAGGUCCGAAGCGGAGCGACUCUGCGAGUCGAUGUCCAGCAAAGAGCUGCGAAGGUACAUCCUCGCGAACAUCUCCUCGCGAGCUAAGCUGAUCGAAGAGAUCCCCCCGGCGCUGAAGCUGGCGAAGGACACGGCGAAGUUCGUGCUGGACUGCAUCGGGAAGUUCUACCUGCAGGGACGCAAAGCGUUCGCCAACGGCUCUCCCGCGGUCGCCGCGAGGAACGUCUCGCUUCUGGUUCUGGAGUGUUAUCUUCUGACGUUCGAUCCCGGGGAAGAGAAGAAGCUUUUGGUUAAGGUUGCUGCUGGUGAUGGUGGUGGUUCUGUUGUUGUGAGAGAGGAGGCCGAGGGGGCUGCUGUUGCGUGGAGGAGGAGGCUGAUGGGUGAAGGAGGGUUGGGUGCAGCGGAGGGUGCGGACGCGAGGGGUUUGCUUCUGCUGGUUGCUUGUUUUGGGGUUCCGGAGAGUUUUAAGAGUGUGGAUCUGUUGGAUUUGGUUAGGCAGAGUGGUGUUGAUGGGAUUGGUGGUGCUCUUAAACGGUCACCGUUUCUUGUCCCUAUGAUGUCAGGUAUAGUUGAUUCAAGUAUGAAGCGUGGAAUGCAUAUUGAAGCUCUUGAGAUGGUUUAUACCUUUGGGAUGGAGGAUAGGUUUUCGGCUUCUUCAAUUUUAACUUCAUUCCUAAGGAUGAGCAAGGAGUCUUUUGAGAGAGCGAAACGGAAAGCACAAGCACCCAUGGCAUUUAAAAAGGCGAACGAAAAGCAGUUAGCUGCGUUAUUAUCAGUGAUGAAGUGUUUGGAGGCUCGCAAGCUAGACCCAGUGAAAGAAGUCCCAGGGUGGCAGAUCAAAGAGCAAAUGGCGAAGCUGGAGAAAGACAUUGUUCAGCUCGACAAACAGAUGGAGGAAGCGAGAUCCAUCAGCCUAAUGGAGGAAGCGAGAUCCAUCAGUCUAAUGGAGGAAGCGGCACUUAACAAGAGAUUGUAUAGCCAACAGAUGAAACGUCCAAGGUUGUCAGACAUGGAGAUGCCGCCACCAACAGCUUCCUCAUCUUAUUCUCCUGUAUACCGUGACCACCGAAGCUUCUCUAGUCACAGAGACGGAGACGCCGAUGAAAUAUCGGCUCUUGUGAGUAGCUACCUCGGCUCAGCAUCAGGUUUUCCUCAUCAGUCAAGUCUCAUGAGAUCCCCUGAAUAUAUGGUUCCACCUGGUGGGUUAGGAAGAAGUGUAUCUGCAUAUGAUCAUCUGCCUCCAAACUCUUACUCUCCGGUUCCAAGACAGCAUUCCCCGUACGGACAGAGACUUCCUCGAGAGUACUCUCCUCCAGUACACCAAAUGCCAUAUGGUCUGCAAAGAGUGUACAGACAUUCACCAUCUGUAGAAAGGCACCUGGCUUUGCCCAAUCACAGGUCUCCUCGCAACUUUUCACAAGACCGCAUAGGAGGAAUGUAGAAUAUGUAACUUCAAGUUUUUGUAUUUUCAAAGCAAUUGUUUUAAACCACAAAAUUUAUUUAAAGCCCUAGCAGAAAAUUUUGCUAUGUAAUUGACAUAUCGUUCAGAAGCUAAAUGUUUAUCAUUGACUCUCA